AUGGAAUCAAAGAUUCACCCUGCCACUACCGUCAACAACAUUAAAAGCCUCAUACCUGUAACAUUGGAGAUGGAAUCCGGUCAAUAUACAUCUUGGAGUGAGCUCUUUCGCAUCCACUGUCGUGCGUACCUCGUCAUCGAUCAUCUCGCACCAAAACCCGAAACUCCAGUCGGCUCCUCAAAAGACGCCGACAAAGAAAAGCAGGCCAAACCAACCGAUGACUCGUGGGAUCGAUUGGACGCCAUUGUUUUACAAUGGAUAUACGGCACUAUAUCCAACGAUCUCCUUCACACAAUUCUAAAACCAAGUACAACGGCGUACGAUGCUUGGACAACUAUCGAAAGCAUCUUUCAAGAUAACAUGAGUUCCCAGGCGAUUCACCUCCUACACAAGUUCUCCAAUACUCUCCUCGAUUGA